AUGUUCUUAGUCAAAAAGUCGAAUCUAAGCGACCGGCCGAUAUUCAAUUUAAAGAUGCUGAACAAUUACCUGGCACACUUCAAAUUUCGACUUAUAAACAUCCAAAAAAUACCAGAUUUUUUACAGGAGGGAGACUGGGCAGUGAAAAUAGAUUUGACGCAGGCUUAUUUCCACGUGCCUAUCGCCAAAUCUCAUCAAUCUUUCCUCAGAGUGCUUUACAAGACGGAAUCAACCCUGGAGCUGUUACAAAUGACUUGUCUACCCUUCGGGCUGUCUUCGGCACCCAAGGCGUUCUCGACAAUGUCCAAUUGGGUGGCCCAGCUCUUGCGCCAAAAAGGUCUGAGGGUCAUUGUAUAUCUGGACGAUUAUUUGAUUGUAAAUCAAGACCGACAUAUACUAGAAAGUCAGGCUGCGGAAGCCAUAGAGAUUCUAACACGUCUCGGUCUAACAAUCAACUAUCCCAAAUCUGUGCUCACCCCGACCAGAUGCUUGGACUACUUGGGAAUUACAUGGAAUCUCAGCACGAAUUCCAAAUACCUUCCUGUAGAAAAAGUUCAAAAAAUGAGAUCCAAACUGCUGUCAGUUUUGAAAUCCCGCCAGUGGUGCCUCAAAGACGCUCAGAGGAUAAUGGGAAUGUUAAAUUUCGCAUCGUUUGUGGUGCACAGAGGUCGGCUUCAUUGCCGCCCUAUACAAAUGGCCAGUGCUCUUCUCACAAAAGCCAAACCGCAAAGAAAAUUCCCAUUAGAUCGUUUAGCAUCGAUCGAAAUGAGCUGGUGGGUCGAUGCUCUCACAUCAUGCACCUCGAUUCAUCGUCAGACUACGGAUCAUUUCCUAACGACAGAUGCGUCAGCAAAAGGUUGGGGAGCUGUUCUGGAUGGCAAUCCCCUCAGUGGCAUAUGGCUCUCGGAACAACAGAGAUGGCACAGCAAUUUAAAAGAAAUGUGGGCAAUCAUUCAGACGAUUCGAAACUCUCAUCACCAUCUGAAGAAUGCCUCAAUACUUCUACAGUCCGACAACAAGAGCGUCGUGACUUAUAUAAAAAACGAGGGAGGUUUACGAUCAAAAAGUUUGUACCACUUGACAAUCGCGCUCUUUCAACUGCUGGACAAGAACAAUAUUCGAAUAGUGCCGCAGUACAUCCCAGGACAGUUCAACAUAGAAGCAGACCGGUUAUCCAGACGGAAAGUUCAAGGGGAAUGGUCACUCACCCAAGAAGCCUGUCAGGAAAUAUUCGAUCGAUUCGGUCAACCUCAUAUCGACUUGUUCGCCUCCAAAAAUGCGCACGUACUCUCAAGAUACGUGUCACGAGACUUCAGCGACUUGAACGCAGAAUUUCACGACGCGUUCAGCGAAGAUUGGGAUUAUCUCAAAGCUUGGGUAUUUCCUCCUCCGCAUCUCAUGCCCAGAGUGUUAGCACACCUCAACAAGGCCAGAGGAAUGUACACAAUAAUAGCUCCACGGUGGCACAAAGUGUAUUGGCGGCCGGAUCUGAAGAGGAUAGCGGUGAGAGCCCCCAUUACAAUUACCAACCUGCGACACAGAUUGAAGGACACAAGGACCGGGAGGCCGCCAGCCCUAGUAGAUCAGAUGUGCCUCGAGGCUUGGUUAGUGAAGGGUGGAAUCAACAACUUGAGAACUGGUCUCAGGACGAGAUCAAUUUAUUGA